AUGAGAAGCUCUGGUACAUAUGAAGAUGAUCCAUCCCAGAAAAUUGCCUCAACCCUCCCAAAGCAGUCGAAGCAGAAAAAGCCGACCAAAUUUAGAGAAAGAAUGCGCAGGUGGUUACAGACUGGGAAAAACAAUGAUGGCCAAGAGGAAGAGGAUGUUCCUAAAGUAUUCAAAAAGGUUUUCUAUCCACAAACAGGAAUGACAGCUUUCAACAAUAAUGAUAAUCCAGAGGGUCACGAUAUUACAAAUAAUUUUUUUCUACCCAGCGAAGAUGAAUCUGGUCCGUUCCAAAGUAGCGUUAAAACUUUUCUGACUGGAAAUAAUGAUGAGAAUGCUGACUUUCAACCAAAUGUAAAUUUCAAACAAAAGACUGAAUCUCCAAAGUCACCUUAUAGGCAAAAACCUGCACAAGAAAUACCAAUGUUGAAGGACCUUUUCGUUUCUAACAAAUACGAUGAUCCCUAUUUGAAUUCUUCCACAAAAUUUGGUAACAUAACAUCAACGUUUCCCAGUAGUUUAUCAUUAAGAACUGUGACCUUACAAACGGUGAAGAGAAGAAUUGACUGUAUUUCUGCUAAAAAAAAAGAAGUGUGGAAGACAGAAGAAAAAUUUUUGAAAGACAUCCUGAUGUGGUUACAAAGCUCAAACUUCGAAGAUCCUGAUACAAUCUCAUUGAUACAUGAAAUUGAAAAGAUUUUUGAGGAGGAUAUCCUGUUUGAGCAAAAUGUGUCAGAUUGCUUGAGAGAAAUAUCGAAUAAUUUCGAGUAUAUUUGCAUGAGAGAAACCCAAUUGAUCAAUGAGGGAAACAUAUUGAAAAAUGACUUGAAAAAAUACGCAAAAUCAAGGGAGCAUAAAGGUGAAAAGCAUGAAGAUACGGAGGUUUUGAGGGAAAAGGUUAUAUCAUCACAAAAGUCUUUUGACGUUGUAAAGCGGCACUAUAAACAGGCAAUAUCAAUAACGACAAGACAACUAUUCAUGAACUUAGCAUUUGAGUACUACGAAAACUGUUCAGACAUGAAGGGUAUUUCAAGAAAAUACUUACAAGAAUCCUUGUCAACUUUACAAACUAUUGACACCCUCGGAUUUUCAGAGGAAUUGGAAAGAAUUAGGAAAAGAAGAUUCGAUAAAUUUUGGGCCAAAACUAAUCCUGAUCCAACAAAUGAUAUUCAAAAGUUUGUCAAUAUGAGAACAGGAGUAGCGGGAUUUAAUGAUUCAUUAAUGAAUCACUUGUAUGGGAAAUUGAGUUUUGGGGUAGCACCACUUGAGGAAGAAGUGCAAACUUCACAACCAGACCUUACUGAUAUGCCUGAAAAUGUUUGGAACGAGGUUCUCUCAGAUUAUAAUUCACUCGACGGUAAUCCUAUUACUUCAAAUAAAUUUUUAUCUGCCAAAGAAGUUGAGCCAGAUCAAUUAGUUGAGCUUUUCGUCCAAGGAGGAAGAGAAAAAGAAACAAAAGACAUCAACUCCCCAGCUGAAAACACCCAACAAGCAUCACAGUCUGAGGGAAAAAAGGAAAACCUAGAAGCCAGUGACUCCGUAAUUUUAAGAAGUGCGAAAAGAAAUAUAAAUAUCAAUGCUACCAGUUUGAGAAAUCUCUCCAUUAAAAAGGCUCAGAUUAAACCGGAGUCUGCGAAUGAAGAAAGUAAGAUUCUUGCUGCGGCAUUAAACGAUGCCAAGCAGAAUUUGGAUGAAAACGUCUGGAAAAGCCCAAUUUGA